CCGCCCGCGGGCGGCUGCGCCGUAGUUGCCGGCCCUCCCGGUGAUCGCCGCUGCCCUCCAGAGUUGAAGGACCUGAACGGCGCUAUGACCACCGCGGACAUGGCCCGUGAAGUUGAGGAGCUGAGGAAGGAGUGCGCCAGUUACACAGAGAAACUGGAGAGGAUCAAGUCUGCUACCAACCGAGUAACGCCAGAAGAAAAAGAGAAGGUCUGCAGCGAGCAGAAACUUUACUGCAAGGAGUGGCGGAGGAGGAAGCGGAUGGCGACCGAGCUGCUCGACGCCAUCCUGGAGGGAUACCCCAAAAGCAAGAAGCAGUUCUUUGAGGAGGUCGGAAUAGAAACCGAUGAGGACCACAACGCCACGCUCCCAGCAGCUGUGUGAGGUGCAGAUGGAUGGCCUUACUUUACAGAGAACACGUGGUGGUGGAACUGAUGCUGACACUCAGUUGUUGGGUUUUAGAUUUGUUUUCUUCCAUAAUUUUUUUCAGGGCUUGUACUUGUCCUGCAUCUUUUAUAUAUUUUUGUUUAAAAAUGCUUUGCCCAUGGAAGAGUAGUUAGAGCAACUGACUCAGCAGUGGACCCUCUCCCUUUCUCAUGUGCCGAGGGAACGUUAUUUUUUUCUUACCUUUCGGUGCUGUAGGCUGUUUUGGGUGGGUGUCUUCACCAGGCAGUGGCUGGGAUGGUUUAAGAGCACUGGGUGAGAGGUGUGGUGCUCUGUAAGAACAGGAAGCAGGUGCCUCAGAGAGGUGAAGGAAGUAGUUACCAUUAUGGCCAGUAUUUCUGUGAUUUGUACAUGGAGGGCACUGCUUCCCUCAGCCUGCACCGAGUUGUACGCAAGACCGUGAUUCAUUAAACACCCUGCUUCUGUUUCA